AUGGCUAAGUCUUCAUAUCACGCCGUUUGCUGCGGUGGAGGUGGCGGAGAGGGGAAGAGAAACGUUGUUGGCGGUGGCGGAGAGGGGAAGAGAAAUGCCGCUGGAGGUGGAGAUUUUAAGAAGCUUCGCGCAGGAGGUGGCGGAGAGGGAAAGAGAAACGCCGCCGGCGGAGGAGAUUUAAAGAAGCUUCGUGGAGGAGGUGGCGGAGAGGUGAAGAGGAACGCCGCUGGAGGCGGUGGAGAAGUGAAGAGGAAGGCAAAUAGAGAUCUAGGGGAAUACUUGAGGUCUGGGGAUGAAUCAGCAAUGACAAGAAAUGGAUGA